AUGCAAGAAUUACCGAAAAGGUAUACGGUCGCCCAGUUUGAUGCACCUCGCGUGCCAUUGACAGUGAAAUCGGUUGCUCUGAGGCUUCCGAGUAGUGGAGAGGUUCUUCUCAAAGUUCUCGCCUGUGGCGUUUGUCACACCGAUGAGCUCAUCGGAUCCGGAGCUUUCAGAAACAAGUUUCCUUGCAUCCCUGGCCAUGAGAUCAUCGGGGACAUUGUUCGAGUCCCGGAUGACGAAAAAACGUGGAAAGUCGGCGAUCGCGUUGGCGCGGCUUGGUUCGGCGGCUCCGACGGCACGUGCCAGGCCUGCAAGAAGGGGCUGAACCAGAUGUGCGCUAAUGGAGAAAUCAAUGGCUGCAGCCGAGAUGGCGGCUAUGCAGAGAUCGAACCUGGAGAGACAGUUGCGGUCCAGGGUCUCGGAGGAUUGGGCCAUCUGGCAGUUCAGUACGCCAGGAAGAUGGGCUAUCGAGUCAUUGUUAUCUCGUCCAGCAGCGCAAAAAGGGAAUUGGCCAUGAAGCUGGGCGCUCAUGACUACGUCGACGGAUCAGAGGGUGACGUUGCAGACCAGCUGCAGAAAUUGGGUGGAGCCGCCUGCAUCAUGCUCACAGCGCCGAACCCGGAGUUGAUCCCACUGUUGCUGAAGGGCCUGGAUCCCUUGGGGAAGCUCCUUAUUGUCGCAGCGACUGGACCUGGCUGCCUUGAUACAACGAUGAUGAUCUCAAAGGGACUGAGUAUCGUUGCUUGGCCUUCCGGCAAUGCCAAAGACUGCAAAGCUGCCGUCGAGUUUGCCCAGAAGCAUGAUGUCAGUUGUAUGGUUGAGAAAUUUCCUUUGAGCAGGGCGAAUCAGGCUUUGGAGCACAUGAGCAGUGGGAAGGUCAGGUUCAGAAGUGUUUUAGUCCCAGACGAAUCUUAG